AUGAGUUCAACUCAAGAAUCCAGCGAAUCGAAGAACAUCAUCGUGUCCGGCGGUGCACGAGGCAUCGGACGGGCUCUGGUCCGCUACUUCCUCGAAGCCGGUCAUCGCGUCUUCGUCUUCGACAUUCAGGAAGACGAACUCCAGUACGCCGUUACGAAGCAUCUAGAGAAACAUUACAAGAACGGAAACGUCGGCUAUGCAGUCUGUAAUCUCCGCCAUGUCGACGAUAUCCGAUCGAAAGUCGACCAGGCCGCCAAGUUUUUUGAUGGGAAAAUCGAUGUACUGGUGAACAAUGGAGGCAUCGCAUCCCCAUACUGGAAGGACGACAAAACCAUGGAAGCCAAAGAGACCUACGACCAAUGGGUAGCUUACAUGGAGACUAACCUCACAGCGCCCUUCGCCAUGUCGCAGGCCUGCAUCCCAUUCAUGAAGCACCGAGAAUCAGACUCAGACAACUCUCAAGGCGCACACAAGCACAUAGCAGGUCCAUGUAUACUUCACGUCGGUUCGUUCCGUGCCCAUCAGAGCGAUCCGAAUCAGGAAGGCUAUGCCGCAAGCAAAGCUGGACAGCUCGGUCUCAUGCAGGCCAUGUCGAUCAGUCUCGGUCCCCUGGGGAUAAGAACGAAUCUUGUAGCACCAGGCAGGAUCAAGGUUGGACAUGAAAGCAAGGAAGGAGACGAGAAGGGCGAUACCUGGGAGGGCCAAAACACCGAGAAAGAUAUCGAUGAUCAUCCUACGAACAGAGCGGGAAGGCCGAAGGAUAUUGCUGACGCGUGCUUGUACUUGAUCAACGCAGGCUUCGUCAAUGGGGUAGACAUCACUGUGGACGGAGGAGCUUUGAGAAAGAAGAGUGGCUGA